CAGUUUUGAAAGGGAGAGAAGGGGGGUAUAAAAAGCAAUAGAAGAAGCCAGUCAGCAGUUUUAGGGCGGAAAAGAAGAUACAAAGCCGAAGAAGAGGGCUCCUUCCUGGUGUUUGUUGUUGUGUUCACAACCUCAAUCCUCUAAAAAACCUCUAGAGAGAGAAACAUGGAACAAUACGUAAAGGUAGAGAAGCCGAAGGUUGAAACACCGAUUGAUGAGAAUGAGAUUCGCAUUACCAGUCAAGGCAGGAUGCGCAGCUAUAUCACCUACGCCAUGACUCUUCUUCAGGAGAAAGAUUCUGAUGAAAUUGUGUUUAAGGCUAUGGGUAGAGCAAUCAAUAAGACUGUGACAAUUGUGGAGCUGAUUAAGAGAAGAAUCGUUGGUCUGCACCAGAUCACAUCGAUUGGAUCUACUGGUAUUACUGAUACAUGGGAGCCAUUAGAGGAAGGCCUCCUUCCCAUUGAAACCACAAGGCAUGUCUCAAUGAUUACGAUAACUUUAUCAAAGAAGGAGAUGAACACAUCUGCUAUUGGGUAUCAGCCUCCAUUGCCUGCUGAUCAAGUGAAAGCAUCAAAUGAUUUUGAUUAUGAUGGAGAGGGAUCUCCAAAUGCUCGAGGUAGGGGUCGUGGUGGUAGAGGAAGGGGAAGAGGCAGAGGUCCACCAGGCAAUGGGUUUAUGUCUGCCGAUUAUGAGGACGGAGGCUGGGAUCAGAAUCGAGGUUAUCCCAGGGGUAGAGGCAGAGGUAGAGGUCGUGGUUUUCGUGGCCGCGGAAGGGGAGGGUACGGUUACAAUGGACCUAUGGUUGACAUCCAGCAAAAUGCAGGAGGUUACAAUCGAGGCCCACCAGUUCAAGGCCCACCUGUUCAAGGCCGUGGUCGUGGUCGUGGGAGGGGAGGAGGCCGUGGAAGGGGUGGCCGUGGUGGGCGUUCCAAUGGGCCUGCUCAGGUUGCUGCUGGCGAAGAAGCUUAAUUGCUCUUCCUUUGAACAGAAAAUGCGCAGGAGUUCCUGUUUUCAAAGUGUGCAAUGCCUGCUCUGUCUCUAUGUUCAACAAUGGUUUUUUGUUUUGUCAGCUAAUUGUACUUUUUAGGACAUCAUGAAUUUGUACCAUUAUAGACUGUAGUUUAGAUUAAAGCUUCCUGUUGCCCAAUUUGUGGCAAUUUUUUUCUUUCCUUCCUAGUUGAGUAGGCUAAGUUGUUUGUUUCGGUAAUUGUAAUUUUAUUCCCCUUACAUUGGCGAGCAGUGCAUUCUUUUAUUUGUUUA